AUGGCCACAAACGAGACGUCCUCGGCUGUUCCCACCAGCACGACAACGACGCCCGAAACCACGGCUGCUCCAACCAGUACAACGCUCCCGGCAGAGGUCUCAAGUGUAGUCCCUGACUCUACAGCCGAGAAACCUACUGCGGAGACACCUGUUGCUCCAGUGCACACAACGACCGCUCCUGCUUCAGAGGCGGCGAAAGUAGAGGGAACGGCAGACAAGGUUGGGGGUGGUGAGAAGGCUACCGAAGCAACCGCUCCAGCGCCAGUAGAGGAGAAGAAAGCCAGUCCAAUCGAAGACCUUUGGGCUUUGGCGCAAUCCAAGGGCCACCCUGAAAUCUGGGGUGUCACUCUGGCUGAUCCUGCAACACACAUCCCAACUCAGGUCAUCCUACAGAAAUAUCUCAAUGCCAAUGAUGGGGAUUUCGCCGGUGCCAAGGAUCAGCUAACAAAGACUCUGGAAUGGCGCGCAAAGAUGAAGCCUCUUGAUCUGCUCAAUAAAAAAUUCAAUCGAGCCAAGUUCGAAGGACUGGGCUAUGUGACGACCUUUGGAGAUGCCGAUGCCGACGAUGCGGAACUCAAAGAAGUCUUCACUUGGAACAUUUAUGGUCGUGUGAAGAAUGUCGAUGAGACUUUUGGAAACCUGGCAGAAUUUAUCGAGUGGCGAGUGGUUCUGAUGGAGGAGGCAUUGCAAGCGCUCGCAAUUGACAAGGCCACCAAACCAAUCACCGCAGAAUGGGAUCCAUACAAGAUCUUCCAAGUCCAUGACUACAAAUCCAUCAGCUUCCUUCGUCAACAGUCAGUUGUAAAAGCUGCCAGUACCGAAACCAUCAAGAUCUUUGCUCAAAAUUACCCUGAAUUGCUCAAGGAGAAAUUCUUCGUCAAUGUACCUGCGAUCAUGGGCUUCAUCUAUACCUUCAUCAAGCUCUUCGUUGCUGCAAAGACCGCUAAGAAAUUCCAUCCGAUGAGCAACGCUGCGAACCUGGCCGCGGAGUUGUCCAGCAGCAAGGUCAAAGGACUGGGAGGUUUGCUGCCAAAGGAAUAUGGUGGCACAGGGUCAGCACUCAGCAGCGCAGGGAAGCAGCCCGCUCUGGAGGAUGAGCCGAAAGCAGUUGAGGCCGAGGCCGCUGCAGCAGAGCAACCAGCCUCAACAUAA